AAAGAUGGAGCCCAUGUUCAGCCCGCCGCUUCACAGACAGAGACAUCAGUUUGUCAUCGAUUUUGUCAAGAGGUACAAACCCAAAAAGGUGGUGGACUUGGGAUGCAGUGAAUGCAGCCUUCUCAAAAAACUGAAGUUUCACCGUGAAAUUGAACUGCUGGUUGGAGUGGACAUCAACGGUGCCAAUGUAAAAAAAAAGAUGCAUGGAUUAGCUCCUAUAUCAACUGACUAUCUGCAGCCAAGUUAUGAUCAGCUGCGUGUUGAGCUGUACCAGGGCUCAGUCACACAAAAAGAUGCCCGCCUCAGAGGAUUUGACCUGGUGACCAGUAUAGAGCUCAUCGAGCACCUCACUCUGGCUGAUGUGGAGUGCUUUUCUGAGGUGGUGUUUGGUUACAUGACCCCAGGUUCAGUUAUCAUCAGUACCCCAAACUCUGAGUUCAACCCCCUUUUUCCAAGACUAGCAGGUUUCAGGCACAGUGACCACAAGUUUGAGUGGACCAGAGCCGAGUUCAAGUCCUGGGCUCUGAAGGUGUGUUUGGAGUACGGCUAUGAGGUGACAUUCACUGGUGUUGGACAGGCACCACCAGGCCAGCAGGAGGGAGUCGGCUUCUGCUCCCAGAUUGGCGUGUUUCAUCGGCGUGGGGGGAGAGAGUGCUGCAACAUGUUGUUUUGUGAUCAUACUGAGAAUGUGUUUUCAUACACAUUGCUGUAUAGUAUAAACUACCCCAGCCUGCAUGACAACAACAUCAAGCGGAGGGUUCUGGUCAGUGAGGUGUUGUACUGGGCAGAAAAGCUGAAGAGAAGUUGGAUGGCGAAGAAGACUGGGGAGAGAGAUGACACUUUUACACUGUGCCAGGCUGAGGGUGAAGGGGAGGACUGUCUCAGAGCGUUGGAGCGAAACAUGGAAAUGGAAGAGAAACAGACAGCAGCUUGUGGAGCAGCGAUGAGAAAUACGGUGGAGCCUCAGGAUGGAGAGGAUGGGGGACUGUUUUGGACAAAUGACCGAGGAGAACAGGAGUCUUCUGCAUUGCACAGGUGUGUGUGUGUACCUCUGACUCUGCUGUGGUCCAGCUCCCAAAAAGUCAGUGCCCUGAGUGGAAGUCUCAGUAAUCUCAGACAUCUCCUGAUGGAUGACCCCGAAGUUAAAUUGAGCCCGGACGGCUCUGCUGUGCUCCUAAAUUACCAGGAACAAGACCAUGAAAAUGAGGGAGAGGAUCCAGACGAUUUGGAGGACAGCGGGUACGCAGAGGCCAGGCAGUGCUCCCACACCGCUGAGCCAGAGGAAGAUUGGGAGGCAAAUGUUUGAUCUGGAAGAAAAACAGCUUUGUUGUCAGGACCAGUAGGUGACUUGUUUCCUCGGUUAAUUAUGGACAGUGCAGUUAUGUUAUCAGUUCCCAACUGCACGGAAGAAAAUAGGCUUUUGGGACAGCUAUUUUGUGUUAUACGUUAAUAUCCACUGGCCUCUACAAUAAGAGUACAUAAAUGGUACAAUAAAACUCUAAAUGAGAGAAAAUCUU